GAGAAAUGGAAUGAAUACAGCCUUAUACUGUUAAGACAAGCUUUACUGUGCGCGCGUUGGAAACUUGUUUAGCCAGCCAGUCUCAAUUUUAGCUUGUGGAGAUUGAGAGGGUUACCCGGAGCACAGUCGGCGAAACUUAGUAAAAAGGAGAGAAAUUCUCCCCCCAAGUCCCUAAAGUGACGCUGAUUUGGCUCCAAAACGAGCCGGACUGUCGUGUGUUUGCUUCAAACAAGGAUACGCUGUUGGACAUGUGAAUUUAAAGGAAAUAACUGGCAAGCGCAACAAUGAAACAAGCGACUGUCCUGUAUUGCCUCGACUUUUUCCUGACGUGCCUCUUGUUUGGGUCGAGCUCUUCACAAUCAGUAUGCGCUGGCACAGAGAACAAGCUGAGUACGCUGUCAGACCUGGAGCAGCAGUAUCGCACCCUGCGGAAGUACUACGAGAGUUGUGAAGUCGUAAUGGGCAACCUCGAAAUCACAAGCAUUGACCGCAGUCGAGACCUCUCUUUCCUCAGAUCGAUCCGGGAAGUGACAGGCUAUGUGCUGGUGGCUCUCAACCAGUUUGACUACUUACCACUGGAGAACUUGCGAAUCAUCCGAGGGACUAAGUUGUACGACAACCACUACUCACUUGCAAUCUUCCUCAACUACAGACAUGAUGGAAACUUUGGCCUGCGUCAGUUGGGUCUGAAGAACCUCACGGAGCUCCUGAGUGGAGGAGUCUAUGUCGACCAAAACAAGUUCUUGUGUCACGCGGACACCAUUCAUUGGCAGGACAUUGUCAAGAACUCCGGCGUCUAUCCUGUGGUGGUGCCCACCAACAGCAGUGUCACAUGUCAGAAGUGCCAUCGCUCCUGUAAUGGUCGUUGCUGGGGGCCCAAAGAGGAUCAGUGUCAAAGCUUAACUAAGACGGUGUGUGCUGAGCAGUGUGAUGGCCGCUGUUUUGGUCCCUAUGUGAGUGACUGCUGCCACCGUGAGUGUGCAGGUGGCUGCUUUGGUCCAAAGGACACUGACUGCUUUGCAUGUACAAACUUCAACGACAGUGGCGCGUGUGUGACGCAGUGUCCCCAGCCUUUUGCGUACAACCCCACCACAUUCCAGGUGCAACACAACCCUAGGGCAAAAUACACUUACGGAGCCUUCUGUGUAAAGAAGUGUCCACAUAACUUUGUGGUGGACCAGAGCUCCUGUGUGAGAGCGUGUCCUAGUAACAAGAUGGAGGUGGAGGAGAACCGCAUCAAGAUGUGCAUUCCUUGUACUGACAUCUGCCCAAAAGCAUGUGAUGGCAUUGGAACUGCCAGUCUACAAACUGCUCAAACAGUAGACUCCAGCAACAUCGACAAGUUUGUAAAUUGCACCAAAAUAAAUGGCAAUUUGGUUUUUCUCAUCACUGGAAUUAAAGGGGAUGUCUAUCAUAACAUUGAAGGUUUGGAUCCAGAAAAACUUCAUGUGUUCCGUACUGUUAGGGAAAUUACAGGCUUUCUGAACAUCCAGUCUUGGCCUGACAACAUAACAGACUUGAGUGUUUUCAGCAACUUGGUAACAAUCGGGGGAAGAUCUCUAUACAGUGGAAUCUCCCUGCUGGUGUUAAAGCAGCAUGGCAUUUUAUCACUUCAACUUCAAUCACUCCGCGAGAUCAGUGCGGGGAAUGUGCACAUUGCAGAGAACAGCCAGCUAUGUUACUACAACACAGUCAACUGGACCCGACUGUUCCGUGCUGCCAACCAGAAAGUUUUGACCCGCAACAACAGAAACCCACAGGCGUGCUCCAAGGAGCAUAUGGUCUGUGACCCGUUAUGUUCUGAUUCUGGAUGUUGGGGACCUGGCCCAGACCAAUGUCUCUCCUGCAGGGACUACAGUAGGGGACAAAUUUGUGUGGAAAACUGCAACCUGUAUGAAGGGGAGAUUCGAGAGUUCGCCAACGGUUCUGUGUGUGUUGAGUGCGAUUCCCAAUGUGAACGAGCUGACGGCAACUCUUUGACCUGUCACGGCCCGGGCCGAGAGCAUUGUGUGAAAUGCAUCCAUUUUAAGGAUGGUCCUAACUGCGUGGAAAAGUGCCCGGACGGGCUGCAAGGUGCAAACAGUUUUAUCUUUAAGUAUGCCGAAAGCAACAAUGAGUGUCAUCCUUGCCAUGCCAACUGCACACAAGGGUGCACUGGACCAAGACUUCAAGACUGUAUUGGGUGGAUGGACAGAACCCCUUUGAUUGCAGCAGGGGUGAUCGGCAGCCUCUUCAUGGUGGUUAUCAUUGUGCUUAGUGUGGCCGUGUCUGUGCGCCGGAACAACAUCAAGAAGAAGAGGGCCCUCCGUCGCUUCCUGGAGACAGAGCUGGUCGAACCCUUGACACCCAGUGGGACAGCACCCAACCAAGCUCAGCUUCGGAUCUUGAAAGAGACAGAACUCAAAAGAGUCAAGAUCCUCGGUUCUGGGGCCUUUGGGACUGUGUACAAGGGGAUUUGGAUUCCAGAGGGUGAAACAGUUAAGAUACCUGUAGCCAUCAAAAUCUUAAAUGAAGCCACAGGGCCCAAGGCAAACGUGGAGUUCAUGGACAGGAUACGAAUUUGUGUCUUUCAGGAGGCACUGAUCAUGGCCAGCAUGGAGCACCCUCACCUGGUGCGUCUGCUGGGUGUCUGCCUGAGUCCUACCAUCCAGCUGGUUACGCAACUGAUGCCUCAUGGGUGCCUUCUCGACUACGUCUACGAGCAUAAGGACAACAUCGGAUCCCAGCUGUUGCUCAACUGGUGUGUCCAGAUUGCUAAGGGGAUGAUGUAUCUGGAGGAGCGUAGGCUGGUCCACAGGGAUCUGGCAGCCCGAAACGUCCUGGUGAAAUCUCCCAACCAUAUCAAGAUCACAGACUUUGGCUUAGCUCGCUUACUGGACGUUAAUGAGAAGGAAUAUAACGCGGAUGGAGGAAAGAUGCCCAUUAAAUGGAUGGCCCUGGAGUGUAUUCAUUACAGGAAGUUUACUCAUCAGAGUGAUGUUUGGAGUUACGGGGUAACAAUUUGGGAGCUAAUGACCUUUGGAGGGAAACCGUAUGAUGGAAUUUCAACCAGAGACAUUCCAGACCUACUGGAGAAAGGGGAGCGUCUCCCACAGCCCCCCAUCUGCACCAUUGAUGUCUACAUGGUUUUAGUCAAAUGCUGGAUGAUCGACGCAGACAGCAGACCCAAGUUCAGAGAGCUGGCAGCAGAGUUCACCAGGAUGGCCCGUGAUCCGCAGAGAUACCUCGUUAUUCAAGGGGAUGACUGCAUGAAACUGCCUAGUCCAAACGAUAGCAAGUUCUUCCAUAGUCUCCUGGAUGAAGAGGAGCUGGAAGACCUGAUGGAUGCUGAGGAAUAUGUUGUGCCCCAUUCCCUCAGUAUCCCACCUCUGACGUACACUUCACAAACACACACGGACCCCAGCAAGUUUUGCUACCAGGAUCCUAAUUUUAGCAGGCAAGACACGAUGGCCACCCUCCCGAGAGUAGUCUCUCUUCCCCCUGUGAGUGGCGCCUGUCUGGUUUCCCAGGACCUGGCCCCCGGGGGGCAGGCUGGUGGUGGAUUUGUCCGUGCCAAACAGGAAGAUCCACGAUGUAAUGGUACUCUAAGGAAGCAGGCCUCCCCGAGAUCAAGCGUCCUUGUGGCUGGCACAGUACAUUCUACAGGACAAGGUGGGCGGGAGGACUGCAGUGGACAACGUUACAGCGCAGACCCAACUGGUCUCCUUGCUGAACGAGGAGCCAAGGGAGAGAAGGGACAGGAUCCAUACACGACUACCAAGAGAGAGAAGAAGAGUUCAGAAUACAUCAACCCUGUUGAGGAAAACCCUUUCAUUACACGUCGCAGAAAUGGAGAAGCCCAUGCAGUGGUUGACGGAGCAGGCUGCCACACUUUGCAAAUGGCCGGAGCUGAUGCCGCAGCCGGCACCUCCGGCGGCCACUCCACCCGCAGGAACGAUGAGUAUGUCAACGAGCCGCUUUACCUGAAUACCUUUCUUAACCCCGGCGACAAGAACGGAUUAGCCUCUGCAGUCUCCUUCUCUGUCCCGGGGACUUCUGCUGCCCAAACGGUAUCACAGACAGUCAACAAAUCGACGUCAAGCUACGCAGUCCCUUCCUCGGGAUACGUGCUAGCCCCUGGUCACCUCCCUCACCCAGCGUAUCUUUCACACACCCUGCAUCCGGGGCAUUCGGGACAUGCUCCGCACUCAGGCAUUACGGGAGGCACCAUCAUGUUCGAUAAGAAAGGCAAGAAGGCUACUUUUGACAAUCCUGAAUACUGGCAACACAGCCUCCCUCCGAAAACAUCUCUGCACAACCCGGAGUACCUGCAGGACUGCAGCACACGCUUUUUCUACAGGCAGAAUGGACGUAUCCGCCCUGCUGUUGCUGAAAACCAGGAAUACUUGUCUGAGGCUGCUAUGAAAGCUGGCAAUGUGUUACCACCCCCUCCCUACAGACAGAGGAACACUGUGGUGUAGUCGCCCACCUGUAGCACGCAAAAAAAGAGGGGGUAAGUCAUGGCGAAGAAUGAACCUUGAGCAAAUCCUCACAUUACCAAACAGUGUUUCUCGAACUGAGUUCUUCUUGUACCUGGUGUGGAAGCCUCUGUGAUUUCAUUCUGGCUCAAAGACUCAGCAUGUACCGACAGUGUUCUAGAGCUUUUCUUACCCACUAUAUUUUGUUUUCUUUUUUCAAAAGCAACUUUUCCAUCCCUUACUGUAGUACUCCCUGAGACACAAAAGCAAUCAGUAAUUACGAAUGUAGAUUUAUGAUGAUAGGGGGGAAAGGGCCCAAAAAUAGUGGGUAGCCAAAAGAGAGGAUUAUUAUUUUACUUCUACAUAGCCAUAAACUACCAAUCCCAGUCACCGUUUUUUAAUACUUCCCACAUAGUUGAACUUGCUCAUGACAGCAAUCACACAUUGGCAUUGCUUGUGUGUAGCCUGUGAAAGUGAUGCAAGCCCGCAGAGUUGUCGUGACUUGCCAGCAAAAAGCUGCGGUCAUGCUAAACAGCCCAGAUGUUGCAAACCCACACACUUCUUUGCCAUGUUGUUGCAACAGUACUGGAAAUCAAAUAUUUAUCACAUGCAGUAUUGUUCUUUACACAUGCCGCCAGCCUUGACACGCCAAUAUAAUCUUCAAACAUGAAUUCAUAACCAAAUGCAUUCACGUGUCAAAUAAACCCUCUGCCACUUGAAAUGUAUUCUGCAAGAAAAGCGCCAUUAACCUUCAGAUGGAAUACACUGUGUUCUUAUAUAAUGACGCAGGAGCUGUGCACAGAAAGGGUCGAUGUUAAAUAAAUAUCAGUGCAAUUUUGUGGAAAGUUAGCUUAACGUCUGGUGGAAAGCAUUUUACGGAUUACUGGCAUGACUUUAAAUGUAAAUGCUUUAAAGUUAACCUUAUCUAAGGUAUUGUUACCUUUCUUCUUCUCAUGCCAUUCAGAUCAAUCCCGCCUGAGCAACCAAUAUUUCAGCAUAGUUAACACAUUUAACAGAUGCUUUCUUUGGCUACAAUAGAAACUUUCUUAAUGAUUUACUGUAAAUCCUUCAAGUGAUCCAAUUUUGUUCUUCUUCAGAUAUGCCACAAUAUCCUCAAAUCCAAAUCAGGCCUUAAUCAUACUUGGAUAAAAAGUAGAUACGAAUGAGAUACAGUAGCUGGACAUCAUCAAAACAAUAGGGUGAGUUUCGGAAAGUGGUAUCUGGGAAUGGACUCCUGUAUAUGCAUCCUCUGGCAGAUGCAAAACAUGAGUACAGGUUUUGUAGUCUGAAUACCAAAUAGCACCACUUUUCCAUUUGUUUGUUCUUUUAGGCUUCACUAUUUACCGUUCUUUAACCAUAGAAAAACACAAAUGAUGUACAGUAUUGCACUGAACUUGUCCUACACUUAACAAGGGGCAAAGUAUGCAUCAGCUCUGAAGAUAGAAAAGAAGAAUCUGUAAAUUAAGUCAAAUAUGUCUUUAUGUGAAAAUAUUUUUAUUCAGUGAAUUACUGAACCUAAAAACUGACCAUUUGCUUAUGACUUAACUGCAAUUUAUUCUGCGGCAGUUAGUGUUACUCCAUCAAGAGAUGGCAUUGAAAGUGAAGGGAUAAUUUGAUAUUACCAUAUUAGGAUGCUUAUAACAUUUGUAGGGAGGGAUGUUGCUGUGUUCACUUACACAUUUAUCUUUCCGGAUUUUAACCUUGAUUGCUUGUUAUAUCCUUUAUUCCACUGCUUGGUUGAUGUAUUGAAUAUUGAGGAAAAAUAUUAACUCAAAUCGGUUUAAGUUCUUACACUCAAUGGAGAAAGGUCUUGAAUGCAACUUUUAAGUAUUUGCUCAAUCACUGUCUGAGUUCGAUCCUGUAGUUCCACAUUCAAUUAACAAAUCGUGUGCUUUGCUUUAGGAAAGACCCUUUUCGUACCCAGUAUGACUGCGUCCCAUUGUAGACAGAUCAAGAUCUAUAAAGGCACGCCGUGAUUUGUUUGGUGUGAGAGUCAGUCCCUUUCUCAGGUCUAAUCAGUCAACUCUGACCUGGAAAAGAUCCUUCUGGAUGAACACGAAUUCCCACAGACACACUUCAAAAAGUUCUGUUCUCUCUCUUUUUUUUUUCUCCUCCUCUCCCCAGAAGCUGUUCUAGCUCCAAAGAGACUAAGUCCAUAUGUGAGGUGUCCCAAUUAUUGUGUUCAUAUAGUGUACUUAUGUUAAUCAUGUAAUGUGCGAAAUGUAAUGUGCUUUGUCAAAAAUCAGUUAUAUAAGUCACUUUUUGCCACCAGCCAAAUAGGGUUAUUGGCACUCGUGUGCGUAUAAGUGCAUAAGUGACAGUACUUGAGAGUCAGCAUAAGGCUUCAUAAUGGAUGUCAAUGGAAAGAAAAGCCAAUCCUAUGGAAGAGAAAACCAGUGGGGGCUCUCUUGCAGGAAAGGGGCUUUUAGCUUUUUGAAUGUUACAAGGGAAAGUGGUCCCUUGUUGUUCUGAGGGGGAAAUUGUAUUCCCCAACAUCUCUCCCAUUGCACCCACUCAGAAUCCUUAGAUGACAGGCAAAUAGGUUGUAAUCUCACAGCCAGUAUGAGACUAACAUAUGAGCAUUCUAGAAACGUUACCUCACCAAUCGUCAAUGUCAAUGUUUUGUGAAAUCUAGGCAGUAAGAUGGUGCAACAACUGCGAAUGUUGACCACAAGUGUCAUUCUUCUUCUCCUGUCUUUACCUUUCAGGUGAAGAAAUCCAUGUAGCAACUACUGCAGCUGGUGAAGUAAAAACAGAGACAAUAUUGAAUAGAAAAAAGAAAAAAACAUUUGAAUGCCACAGAAGUCGUACAAUUCGGGAAGCCUACCUAAAUUUUGGAGCAGGGAAUAUGCGUUAGAAAGCCACACCAAAAAGGUUGAACCGUCGCAACAGGAAAGGCUUCUGCUAGCAAGAGCUCAUUACAUUUUUUUCUUGAAACAUGCAUGCACAUUAAAUAAAAGUUUUGUAAUGGAGACAGUUUGACACUGAAACAAGCUGAUUCAAAUUCCAGCAUUAUUUUCUCUGGGGGCGGCACGGUGGCCGACUGGUUAGAGCAUCAGCCUCACAGUUCUGAGGACCCGGGUUCAAUCCCCGGCCCCGCCUGUGUGGAGUUUGCAUGUUCUCCCCGUGCCUGCGUGGGUUUUCUCCGGGCACUCGGGUUUCCUCCCACAUCCCAAAAAAACAUGCAUUAAUUGGAGACUCUAAAUUGCCCGUAGGCAUGACUGUGAGUGCGAAUGGUUGUUUAUUUCUAUGUGCCCUGCGAUUGGCUGGCAACCAGUUCAUGGUGUACCCCGUCUCCUGCCCGAUGACAGCUGGGAUAGGCUCCAGCACGCCCGCGACCCUAGUGAGGAGAAGUGGCUCAGAAAAUGGAUGGAUGGAUGGAUUUUCUCUGGGAUCAGCACCCCAAAAUGGAUUGUGUUCCCCUUAAAAGGUUCCACUGUAGUCCAGAAGAGGCGUUUUAUUAAGAAUACUGGUGUUUAAUGUGAAGGUUGGUUUACUCACAUCAGUAUUUUACAGCAGAAGACCGCCCUUUUAGCUCUGCUUCCGCUUUAUGGUCAUUUUUAUUGUAUGCACCUACGCUGUACUUUCAUUGUGAGGAAGUAUAAUAUGUAUGGAUGCCCAGAGGGGAGUGAAAUGUUUGUUAGCAUGCAAUGAAAAUGAUCAUCGUAAUAGUUACAUUUUAUAUUUGUAUUAAACUAGUAAACUGGUGAAGAAACAUUUUUUCCCAUAAAUUCAUAUUUAACUAGUUUUCAGACGUGUCAAGGCUUGAGGCCUCCAUACCCGUAAGCAUUAUAAAUGAUACUGUAUGUCUUCACGAAGACAAUGUGCAAACACUAUUUUUUUAAUUAUUAUCUUCUACAAGUUUCUCUAAUGACUUAUUGCUCCUGGGUCCCGAUACAGCGUCUUGGUCAUUUGAAGGUUUUUAGCCUGAUAAAAUGUAGAGAUCAGAGAAGGUGAUUUUGCAGUGACCACAUUAUAUUGGUUUUGGACUGACUGGUAAAACCUAACCUGAAAAAAAAAAAACAUAACCUCAUCUCUUUGUAACUCCUGACUGACAUGAUGGAUUCUUUUUUAUUAUUAUUAUGUUCUGGAAAGGGUGUGAUUGUCAUUUAAAGACUAAAUAGACGAGUUGAUUAUACAGCAUGUUAGUCAUGUCUGUAUGCUUUCUCUCUAAGAAAGGUACAAUUAACCACUCAUGGAUAUAUAUGGGGGACCCUUGAAAUGGAAUAAUUAUUUCGGUCGUUCUAACUCAUCCUACCAAUGGAUGAGGACUUUGGAUGGUUUAUCUCCUUGAAGUGGGACUUUGUCUAUUUCUAAUUUCUAUGGUUUGGUUUUUCGUAUCACAAGGACAGUCAUUUCUUUCCACACAAAGACAUGUAUAUGGUCUAAAUGGAAGAACUGGAAAAGCAAAUACUGCUUCUGUGGGAACGUCACUCGAAAUCACUCAUCUAGGAAUUGUUGUCAGUGCACCAUGAGACUUUUAAAAAAAUAAUAAUAAUAAUAACUUUGUUUUUCUUUUUUUUUUGAACCAGAACACGCUGUGUGUAUGUAAGAUAAUGUAUCCAAAGUGUGUGCCUGCCACACAUGAUUUAUAAAGUGUGCAUUGAUACAAUGCCAUCGCAAAAGGGACAUUUGACCAAGGACAGUUUUACAAUGUAAUUAUUGUGCUAUUGAAAAAUUCAUCAAUAUUUUUGUUAUAACCUAAUCACAAAUGUGUCGAUCGGCAUUUUAAUGGUUAAAUUAAAAAUACAGUAGUAGUAUUUUUCAUAGGUGGCAGCUGUAAAUAUGGCAACAAUGUUCCUUUUUGAAGUUGAAGAGUGUCUUUAUUCCUCUUCGCAUUGCAUUUGAGUGACUAUCUGUAUUCUUUGCAGGGCCUCAUUUUUGUAAAUAGCUAUACAGUAUACAUGCAUAUACAGUAUAUAUAUUACGUAAGUGUAAUUUGACAACUUUUGAAAAUGCUUGCAGGGUCUGUUGUUAGCCCAUCAUCCCCCUGUGAUUGUGGGAUUGUACUUUCAGCACAACUUGGUGAACUGUGACCUCUGCUCUUGCUCACGUUGUUGCAGUUUUUAUAUGAUUAUUGUGUGUAUGGUAUACUCACAUAUACUCCAUAUUUCACUCAAUGGUAUUCAUCUCUCAGAUAUUUUGUACUCUUUUAAGAUGCCCUUGCAAUAUUAACAGAUAUUCAAUAUUCAGUAUGACUAUUUUUCUCAACAAUGUCUCUCUAUGCUCUGAUAUUUAAGGUUUGAUUUCCUUGGGUAGUUUAAUUUCGAUUUGCACUGAGUUGAGUCAUUGUUUACUUUCAGAGGUGAAUACAUGGGGUUGCAAUGCGGAUUUCUGUAGCAAUAUAAUGUCACAAACCAAGAAGGGAAUUUAACGAUAUCCUCAAAAAGGGAAAUAUGUCACAUUGACAAAAUUGGUCUUUCAAAUAAUCAGCUACUGUUUUGGCUUCAUCAACAAUUGCAGUAAUAUACUGUGUUCACUUCUCAGUAUGUCUCUAUUCAUUUACAUAAGGUUUUUUGGUCAUAUCUUUAUCUGACCUUGCUUGGUAUUUUGUACUGUACAUUAGUCACAACAGAGAAGAAGCAAAUUCAAUGGUGUGUUACAAAUUGGGGCACCAAGGUUUACUGAGCUCAUCAUUAAUUUGAGAGUCACACAAUUUGUUAAAUUUACACUCUCAACUGUCAGGAGGGUUAUAAUUUUCAGACCAUUUCAUGGAUGCACAAUUUUCCUAUCAGAAUGAAGCACAACUUGUGUUGUAAAUAGAGGAGGCUGUGUGUGAGGGAACAAAAGCGUAGUGCUUUUACAAUACACUAUAAGAUAACUACUGAGAUUAUGUUUAAAUGUUACAGUCUGUAGAAAAAAAGUGAUCGAUUUUGGUUCAAUUAUAUGUUUGUAUAUGCCUGAUAUGGCAGGCUUUUAUUUGAAAAUGUAUGAAUAUUUGCACAAGUUAUCUUGGCAGCAAACCCAGCCUAAUAUAAGAUAUCAAACAUGUCCAUUUACAGCUCAUCAAAGUUCAACAUCACUUCCGAAUACACUAUUUGCAAAGAACUCUUUCACGAAAGCUACCAUUCAUUGUUUUUCAUAUUAUUAAAAAAAAAAAAAAAAAAAAACAAUUACAAUGACUGGGUACUACUUUUUAUUGGGCAGAAACUUUCUUUUCACUGGUUUCAUUGGUAAAGUUCCCCCAAAAAAUGGCAUUUAAAGAUGUAUCCCCCUGUUUUGUUACAUGAAUCUGUCAAAACUAUAUUUUUAAUUCAAUAUAAAUAAA